AUAUUCCCAGCACUCGCCUCUGGCACUGCGUCAAUCGAGGGUGCGCUUUCGUCUUUCUUGUCGUGGCUACCUUUUACGUGCUUAGAUCUGCGGUGCUUGGGCUUGCAUAAAUCUGCGGGCACUGCCUAAGGGACUAGUUUCGAUCGAGGAGGUUUUUGUUUUCGGUGUCGGACGUUAUCCGCCUUGGGUCGGUUUUGCGGGAGGUGCUUGCUGUUAGGUUUUUGUUCGCGGACUGAGAGUUUGCGCGGAGUGGGGCACCAUGGGGCGCCACACACUGCUGGUGCUGGGCCUGCUGUUCGCGGCCGGCGUGGCUGGGAGCUUCGGCGCCGCAGAAGAGGCGGCGAAGCUGGGCACCGUGAUCGGAAUUGAUCUGGGGACGACCUACUCGUGCGUGGGCGUAUACAAGAACGGGCAUGUGGAGAUCAUCGCCAACGACCAGGGGAAUCGUAUCACUCCUUCGUGGGUGGCAUUCACGGACAAUGAGCGUCUGAUCGGCGAGGCGGCGAAGAACCAGGCCGCCGUGAACCCCGAGCGGACGGUGUUCGACGUGAAGCGGUUGAUCGGUCGGAAGUUCGAGGACAAGGAGGUGCAGAAGGACAUCAAGCUGUUUCCAUACAAGAUCGUGAACAAGGAUGGGAAGCCGCACAUCCAGGUGAAGGUGAAGGACGGCGAGGUGAAGGUGUUCACGCCGGAGGAGAUCAGCGCCAUGGUGCUGGUGAAGAUGAAAGAGACCGCGGAGGCGUACCUGGGGAAGAAGAUCAAGGACGCCGUGGUGACGGUGCCCGCGUACUUCAACGAUGCGCAGCGACAGGCCACCAAGGAUGCGGGAGUGAUAGCGGGGCUGAACGUGGCUCGCAUCAUCAACGAGCCCACCGCGGCCGCCAUCGCCUACGGGUUGGACAAGAAGGGCGGGGAGAAGAACAUCCUGGUGUUCGAUUUGGGAGGCGGCACAUUUGAUGUCAGCGUGCUGACGAUCGACAACGGCGUGUUCGAGGUGCUGUCGACGAAUGGCGACACUCAUUUGGGAGGGGAGGACUUCGACCAGCGCAUCAUGGAAUACUUCAUCAAGCUGAUCAAGAAGAAGCACAACCGGGACAUUAGCAAGGACAAGAAGGCGAUCGGGAAGCUGAGGAGGGAGGCGGAGAGGGCGAAGAGGGCCCUGAGCAACCAGCACCAGAUCCGUGUGGAGAUCGAGUCGCUGUUCGACGGCGUGGACUUUUCGGAGCCGCUGACGCGGGCGAGGUUUGAGGAGCUGAACAACGAUUUGUUCAGGAAGACGAUGGGCCCCGUGAAGAAGGCGAUGGACGACGCCGGGCUGCAGAAGACGGACAUUCACGAGAUCGUGCUGGUGGGGGGCAGCACCCGCAUUCCCAAGGUGCAGCAGCUGUUGAGGGACUACUUCGACGGGAAGGAGCCAAACAAGGGCGUGAACCCUGACGAGGCGGUGGCGUACGGGGCGGCAGUGCAGGGAGGGAUUUUGAGCGGGGAGGGAGGCGAGGAGACGAAGGACAUUCUGUUGCUGGACGUGGCGCCACUGACGCUGGGUAUCGAGACGGUGGGAGGGGUGAUGACGAAGCUGAUUCCCAGGAACACGGUGAUUCCGACGAAGAAGUCGCAGGUGUUCACGACGUAUCAGGACCAGCAGACGACGGUGUCGAUCCAGGUGUUCGAGGGAGAGCGCAGUCUGACGAAGGAUUGCCACGAGCUGGGGAAAUUCGACCUGACGGGCAUCCCAGCGGCUCCUCGGGGGGUUCCGCAGAUCGAGGUGACGUUCGAGAUCGACGCGAACGGAAUUCUGAACGUGAAGGCGGAGGACAAGGGCACCGGGAAGUCGGAGAAGAUCGUGAUCACGAACGACAAGGGUCGGCUGAGCCAGGAGGAGAUCGACCGGAUGGUGCAGGAGGCGGAGGAGUUUGCGGAGGAGGACAAGAAGGUGAAGGAGAGGAUCGACGCCCGGAACAGUCUGGAGACGUACGUGUACAACAUGAAGAACCAGCUGGGGGACAAGCUGGGCGAGAAGAUCUCGGCCGAGGACAAGGAGACGAUCGAGACGGCGAUGAAGGAGGCGUUGGAGUGGUUGGACGAGAAUCAGAGCGCGGAGAAGGAGGACUUCCAGGAGAAGCUGAAGGAGGUGGAGGGGAUCUGCAACCCGAUCGUGACGAAGUUGUACCAGGCCGCGGGUGGAGCACCGGGUGCGGGCGCGUCGGAGGACGGCGAGAGCGACGACGAGAGCCACGAGGAGUUGUAAUGGGGCAGGGGAGGCGUAGGAACGGGCGGGGUGCGGAAUUCGCACCCGGUUCGGUGAUUAGGAGGAUUGUAGAGGUGAUGUAAAGCGUAGGUCUGCUCGUAUGAGACGGGCGUCCAGGGCGGGGGUGUGGGGAUUCCUCGCGGCGGCAUCGUGGGAUGGCUCGAGGGACGGGCACCCGCGGCGCAGCUUAGUGAUUCGCCCGAAGUCGAGAUUCAGCAGCAGCAGCAGCAGCCACCACCACCACCACCAGAGGAGAGAGAUUGGGCAGGGAGAGAAACGAUGGUGUGGGAGUUUUUUUCGACCUAUCCCACGUCUUUAAGUGGGUUUCAUGUGGACGUUGUGAUGCAUGUGAGACUAAUGUAGAGCUAUCAUCACUUCAUCUGUGAUGCAUUCACA